GACCCCCGCGCGGCUCAUGGCGGGGCCGCGGGGCGCGCUGCUGGCCUGGUGCCGCCGCCAGUGCGAGGGCUACCGCGGCGUGGACAUCCGCGACCUGAGCAGUUCCUUCCGGGACGGCCUGGCCUUCUGCGCCAUCCUGCACCGGCACCGGCCCGAUCUGCUAGAUUUUGAUUCACUUUCCAAGGACAAUGUCUUCGAGAACAACCGUUUGGCCUUUGAAGUGGCUGAGAAGGAGCUGGGGAUCCCUGCUCUCCUGGACCCCAAUGACAUGGUCUCCAUGAGGGUCCCUGACUGUCUCAGCAUCAUGACCUACGUGUCCCAGUAUUACAACCACUUCUCCAGCCCUGGUCAAGCUGGUGUCUCAUCACCUCGAAAGGCCCAGGUGCCCUCCUCCCCACCAUCCGAAGCACCUUCUCCAGCAGACCCAGGAGACGGGGCUCAGGGUGAGGAGCUCUCCUCGGGCAGUCUGUCAGAGCAGGGCGCCCACCGGACCCCCAGCAGCACAUGCGCGGCCUGCCACCAGCACGUGCACCUGGUGCAGCGUUACCUGGCCGAGGGCAAGCUGUACCACAGGCACUGCUUCCGGUGUAGGCAGUGCUCUAGCACCCUGCUCCCUGGAGCUUACCAAAGUGGGCCUGAGGAAGGCACCUUCGUGUGUGCGGAGCACUGCGCCAGGCUGGGCCCGGCUGGGCGGUCGGGGACCAAGGCUGGGCACCCCCUGCGGCCCAGCAGGCAGCAACAACUGGCAGAUGAAGCCAAGGAUGCAGCCAGAGGCGGCCCCGGUGCUGGUGCGCCCGCGGGGGCGGAGGAGCCCCGGCCCCAGAUCCCCAGCAAGCCCCCGGUUCCGAGCAAACCCCGGGAGCGGGGCAGCUCCCCGGCCGGCCGCCCCACGCCUGCCCCAAGGAAGGCCUCCGAGAGCUCCGCCCCGACGCCCCCCACACCGAGGCCCCGGUCCAGUCUGCAACAGGACACCCUGGGGGAGCAGGGUGGUGCCAGUGGCUUAGUAAACGGAAGGCUGCACGAACCCCCUGUCCCCAAGCCGAGAGGGACCCCCAAGCUGUCUGAGAGGACACCAGCCCCCAGGAAGGACCCCCCAUGGAUCACACUGGUACAGGCGGAGCCAAAGAAGAAGCCGGCCCCCCUCCCUCCAAACAGCAGUCCCGGACCUCCAAGCAGGCGGGUGGAGAAUGGAGGCCAGGGCCUGGAGGAGGUGGCCCAACAGAGCCAGGUGACAGCCAGCCUGGAGCCCAAGCCCUACAACCCCUUUGAGGAGGAGGAGGAGGAGGAGGCAGAGUCCCGAGCUGCACCCAGCCUGGCCCCAGGCCCAGACUUGGCCCCCUCGGAGUCCACACCCAAGUCCCUGCACCCCUGGUAUGGCAUCACCCCCACCAGCAGCCCCAAGACAAAGAAGCGUCCUGCCCCCCAAGUGCCCAGUGCCUCCCCACUCGCUCUCCACACCUCCCGCCUCUCACACUCGGAGCCGCCCUCGGCUACCCCGUCGCCAGCCCUCAGUGUGGAGAGCCUGUCGUCUGAGGGCCCCGGCCAGACCCCAGCUGGGGCGCUGCUGGAACCACCAGCUGUGCCCAAGAGCUCCUCCGAGCCCGCAGUCCAUGCCCCUGGCACCCCCGGGACAUCGGCCAGCCUCUCCGCUGACUCCUCCCUGUCGUCCUCUGGGGAACUGGUGCAGCCCAAUGCAGACCGGACACCCCAAGCCACCCCUGGCCUCACCCCCAACGCGAGGGGCAGCCCGGGGUCCCAGCCAGCCAAGCCCUGCAGUGGCGCUGCCCCCACCCCUCUCGUACUGGUUGGAGACAAGAGCCCUGUGCCUUCUUCUGGAACCUCGUCCCCGCAGCUCCAGGUAAAGUCUUCCUGCAAGGAGAAUCCCUUUAACCGGAAGGCAUCGCCCACAGCGUCCCCAACCACAAAGAAGGCCACCAAGGGAUCCAAGCCAGCCAGGCCACCUGCCCCAGGACACGGCUUCCCACUCAUCAAGCGCAAGGUCCAGGCUGACCAGUACAUCCCCGAGGAGGACAUCCACGGAGAGAUGGACACUAUUGAGCGCCAGCUGGAUGCCCUGGAACACCGUGGUGUCCUGCUGGAGGAGAAGCUUCGGGGCGGAGUAAAUGAGGGCCGUGAGGACGACAUGCUGGUGGACUGGUUCAAACUCAUCCACGAGAAGCAUCUGCUGGUGCGGCGGGAGUCUGAGCUCAUCUACGUUUUCAAGCAGCAGAACCUGGAGCAGCGCCAGGCGGAUGUCGAGUACGAGCUGCGGUGCCUCCUCAACAAGCCGGAAAAGGACUGGACAGAGGAGGACCGGGGCCGGGAGAAGGUGCUGAUGCAGGAGCUUGUGACCCUCAUCGAGCAGCGCAAUGCCAUCGUCAACUGUCUUGAUGAGGACCGGCAGAGGGAGGAAGAAGAAGACAAGAUGUUGGAAGCCAUGAUCCGGAGGAAAGAGUUCCAGAGGGAGGUAGAACCCGAGGGCAAGAAGAAGGGGAAGUUCAAGACCAUGAAGGUGCUGAAGCUGCUAGGAAACAAGCGUGACACCAAGAGCAAGUCCCCGGGGGACAAGAGCUAACAGCAAGGGCUGCCGGCUGGGACUUUCACCCCUCCUGGCUCAGCCCCUGGGCUCUGCUCCACUGGGGGAGAGGGGACACCCCGCUUCCCAUAAGGAUCCGUCCUGAGAAAGGACGACAUGAGGGGAGGGGCUGUCUGGGUGACAAGCCUCUCCCUCCUCAGGGUCCUCUUGCUGGUCUGGGCCAAAGAGUUUUCUUCCCCCUUCUCCGAGCCACAGGUGGCUGUGGCUCAGCCCUGCCCGGUCUGCUUCUGGUGAUUCCAGAUGCUAGGACUGACCCUCCUAGGGAGCAGGCUCCUUGGUCCAGGGAGGGGCCUCGGCCGAGCACACCUGCCAUGCCCACCCACCUGGCCCCUGCUGGGACGGGCAGCCCCUUGGUCCCUCCUCUUCCGUUCUGUACCCCAUCCAGAUGGGAUUCUUAGCUGUCAUAGUUCUGACCUGGAGGUCAUUCUGCCUGCAAGGUGCACCCACAGCAGACCUCCAGCUGGGGUCUCCUGCCUUCAAGGCCUCUACUAGGGCUCUGUUGUGCUGGCUUCUUCCUGGCCCAGCCCUGGCUCUGAGUCCUUGUUGUCCUUUUCAGCACAGGUGGCCAUGAAUCUGGUUCUCCUCACUCAUGAGCUCUAUUUAUGAAGUCUAAUUAGUGUGAGCUCCUUACUGUGCCCUCAGACACAAACGGGCCUGAUGGACAGAUCCCUCCCUCUGUCCCUCAGAGCUCUAGGAGGUGCCUCUCUCAUCUCCCCUGGUUCCAUAGGAAACCUCACCCCCCAGCCCCCAGGGACACGGGGCUAGGCGGCCAUGCCGGGGUGGAUAGGGGUCUCAGAGGCAGGCCCCAGUGGCAGUUCCAGUCCCCGAUCAUCAGCCUUGGGAGGGUGCUUCACAGAGGUGCUAAUCCUGGUUCCUUAACACACUGUAGUCUGACCCCUCUUUUAGAGUCCCCCCCACUCUCCCCAGGGCUGGGGAAUGGCGGGCCUGCUCCUGCGUGUGGUCGUCAUCAGUCUGUCUGUUCACACUCGACUAUUGUCCGUUCUCUCCCAACUUGUUCUCCCAAAGGACUGAUGGCCACUCCCCCCAGAGGUGGCCAUGGGAGAGGAGGAGCCGAUGGGGACAAUGGCCUUUUCCCCAGGGAACGUGUCCAACAGCUCUUGGUCAAAGCACUGUUGCUAUAAGCUAUCUCUGGGGUGCUCCAGGGCACCCCCGGCACACCUCUGGGGAAAGUACGCACUGUAUCAACUCACGAGGAUCUUCCUCACCAACAAUAAAUGGAGGCAACCCCAGCUGUCAGGGCCCCAGAGCCUCGGGUACUGUGGUGUCCUCAGCCAGGUCUGCCUUCUUCCCUGC